AUGAGGUUAUAAAAAUAUCGAAUUUCCGAAUAUUAUUUAAAUAGAUUGAUCGGAGUUUCUUAGUAGCAACUCAUGAUGAUAUUAGGUUAAUUUGAAAGUAAAUCCUAUGCCUAAUCUUAUAAAAGGCUCUUCAAUGGUUUCACACUGUGCAUACUCCGACAGUUUUGUGCUUUCAGAGCGAUGGAAGGUGCAGAAGAAAAACAAAAUUACACACAAGAUAUUGAUCUGGACGAUAUUUUACCAAAAAUUGGCGAAUUCGGUCGUUAUCAAAAAUUGAUGUUAUGGCUAGUUUGUCUGCCAGCAUGUUUCCCCUGUGGAUUUUGUGCCUUCAAUCAGCUUUUCAUGACAGAUACACCGCCCCACUGGUGUUGGAUUCCAGAAUUACACAAUUUAACAAUAGACCAAAGAAAAUUGCUGUCUAUUCCCAAUGAGAAUGGUUCAAAAUUCUCCAAAUGUACCCAAUAUGAUUUGAAUUGGACUGAGGUGCUAAAAAACGAAGGAUUGACAAAAACUGAAGAAACUAAAAAGACAAUACACUGCCAGAAUGGAUGGGAAUUCGAUAUGAGUGAGAUACAAUCUACAAUUGUUAAGGAUUUUGAACUAGUAUGCAACAAAGACAUCUAUCCAACACUAGGUCUGGUAGCUCUUAAUUUUGGAGGACCAAUUGGAGUGUACGUUUUUGGGAUGCUCAAUGACAGUAUAGGACGCAAAAAAUCAUUUUUCACAUGCUUGACAACUCUGAUAAGUGGAAGUUUGCUGACGGGAUUUUCAGAAAACUUCUUUAUGUGGAUUUUCAGUAGAUUCAUCGUUGGCCUUACUAUUCCUGCCAUAUAUCAGAUACCAUUCAUUAUAUCUUUGGAACUAGUGGGUCCUAGCUACAGAGCAUUUGUAACAGUAUUAACCUGUAUGUUCUACACCAUAGGUCUCUGUAUGCUAGCAGUUGUGGCUUACCUCAUAAGAGACUGGCGUCACCUUACUCUAGCAACUUCAGUACCAUUCAUCCUCUACUAUUUCUAUUGGUUCGUCCUUCCCGAAAGUCCAAGAUGGUUGUUAGCUAAAGGCAGAUUCGACGAGGCUCUGAAAAUCUUAGAAGAUUUAGCUAAAACAAACGGUAAAGAGUUACCUCCAAGUGUCAUCCAGAGUUUGAAGAGAUCUAGAAGUAAAAGCGAAAAAGAUGAAUUGAUGAAAAGUCCUGGAUUGAGAGGCUUAUGUGGUACUCCAAAUAUGAGACUGAAAACCUUCCUUAUUACACUCAAUUGGUUUGCGAAUGAGAUGGUUUAUGUAGGCUUGAGUUACUAUGGACCAUCUUUGGGUAGCGAUGAGUAUUUUAGUUUCUUACUUUCAUCGGCUGUUGAAAUUCCUAGCUAUCUUAUGUGCUGGCUCAUUAUGGAUAAGUGGGGAAGGAGAUGGCCUCUUUGCUUAUGUAUGGUUAUAAGUGGUGUUAGCUGUAUAGCUACCGUUUUGUUACCUCAAGAUGCUGUUAUUACCACGUUGGUGUUGUUUUUGAUCUCUAAAAGUGCGAUAUCCGCUUCAUUUUUGAUCAUUUACCCAUUUGCUGGGGAAUUAUACCCUACACAACUAAGAGGAAUCGGAAUUGGAUUUUCAGCUUACGUAGGUGGCUUAGGAUUGAUUAUUAUUCCGUUUAUUACCUACUUGGGCUCUGAGAUGCUUAUUCUUCCGCUAAUAAUAAUGGGAUCCAUUUCUGUUAUUGGUGGGAUAUCUGGACUGAGAUUACCUGAAACUCUGCAUCACCGUCUACCACAAACUGUUGAAGAAGGAGAAGAGUUUGGUAAAGAUUUCAGCACGGAAGACUGCUUGAGAUGCAUUCCCAUCAGACCAGAUGUGUCACGUGUGGCAUCAUAUGAAAAUUUGGAACUACAGCAACUGGAACCACAAGAAGACACUCCUUUAGAUUUACCCAGGCAAAGGAGAGUUUCAUCUAUAAGGAAACUUGUGAAACAGCAAAGUAUUAUGGAUACGCCGAAAGAUGAGCAUGGAAACAUGAAAAUAACGUAUUGGGUUUAGUUAUUCUUUUUUUCAAGCUUUUUCGUUGAUGAUACUUAAAUGUAAAUUUUUUGAAGUUCGUAAAUAAAUCUCAUUUUCUAUUU